AUGGCUCAGCAGGGAGUUCUGCUGGACCAGGACCAGGACCAGUUCUGUUGUUCUGUCUGUCUGGAUCUACUGAAGGAGCCGGUCACUACUGCCUGUGGACACAGUUACUGUAGGAGCUGUAUUGAGGACUGCUGGGAUCAGGAUGUUCUGAAAGGGGUCUAUAGCUGUCCUCAGUGCAGAGAGACCUUCACUCCAAGGCCUAAUCUGAGGAAAAAUAACAUGUUGGCUGAGUUGGUGGAGAAACUGAAGAAGACAGGACUCCAGGCUGCUCCCCCUCCUGCUCUGUGCUAUGCUGGACCUGGAGAUGUGGCGUGUGAUUUCUGCACUGGGACCAGAAAGCAGAAAGCCCUCAUGUCCUGUCUGGUGUGUCUGGCCUCUUACUGUGAGACUCACCUCCAAUCUCACUAUGAAUCUCCUGCUUUGAAGAAGCACAAGCUGGUCAAAGCCACCGCACAACUACAGGAGAAGAUCUGCUCUCAUCAUGACAAACUGCUGGAGGUUUACUGUUGUACCGAUCAGCAGUGUAUCUGUCUGCUGUGUACAAUGGAUGAACAUAAAGGCCAUGAUACAGUGUCAGCUGCAGCAGAGAGGACUGAGAAACAGAGGCAGCUGGGGAUGAGUCAUCAGAAGGUCCAGCAGAGAUUCCAGGAGAGAGAGAAGGACCUGAAGGAGCUCCAACAGGCUGUGGAGUCUCUCAAGCGCUCUGCACAGGCAGCAGUGGAGUACAGUGAUAAGAUUUUUACUGAGCUGAUCUGCUCCAUUGAGAGAAGGUGCUCUGAGGUGAAGGAGCUGAUCAGAGCCCAAGAGAAUGCUCAAGUGAGUCAAGCUGAAGGACUCCUGGAGCAACUGAAGCAGAAUAUAGCUGAGCUGAGGAAGAGAAGCACUGAGCUGGAGAAGCUCUCACACACAGAGGAUCACAUCCAUUUCCUCCAGAGUUAUCAGUCUCUCUCCAGUACCAGUGUAUCUUCAGACUUACCCAGCAUCGUUGUCCGUCCUCUUCAGUACUUUGGAGAUGUGAGUAAGACUGUGUCUGAACUGAGAGAGAAACUAGAAGACGUCCUUAAAGGAGAAUGGACCAAGAUCUCCACUACAGUGAAUAUAGUGGAUGUUGUACUGCCUCCAGAGCCCAAGACCAGAGAACAGUUCUUACAAUAUUCCUGUCAGCUCACACUGGACCCAAACACAGCACACACACGCCUCUCUCUGUCUGAAGGGAACAGAAAGGUGACCUAUACAGGCCAAGUCCAACCAUAUCCUGAUCAUCCAGACAGAUUCACAAACGACUUGAUGGUUCUGUGUAGAGAGGGUCUGUCUGGACGCUGUUACUGGGAGGUGGAGUCGAGUGGGGAGUGUGUUGUUACAGCAGUCUCAUAUAAAGACAUCAGCAGAACAGAGAGAGUUAAUACAUUUGGACUCAAUGACAAGUCCUGGAGUUUACACUACUAUAGUGGUGGUUAUUGGUUCAGACACAAUAGUGUUAGGACUAAAGUAUCAGGCCCUCAGUCCUCCAGAGUAGGAGUGUACCUGGAUCACAAGGCAGGUACUCUGUCCUUCUACAGCGUCUCUGACACAAUGACCCUCCUCCACAGAGUCCAGACCACAUUCACUCAGCCCCUCUAUCCUGGGGUUUCUAUUGAUUGUCUUGUCUCUGGUACUGCUGAGCUGGUUAAACUGUAGUAGGGGCCCACUUAAUGAAUAUAAAUGAUAUUUUCUGAUAUUUCUUCAAAUGUAAUGUUUUAAUCUUGUACAUCAACAUUCUAUCCUGGGUUUUAUCUCCGUAAUAGUACUGCUUUUUACCUUUAUUUAACUAGGCAAGUCAGUUAAGAACAAAUUCUUAUUUACAAUGACGGCC